AUGGCAAAGGCACUUCCUUCCCGCGGGGGCUUCGCGGGGGUCCCAGCUGCUCAGACCUGCCACGGCAGUGCCCGGCCGGGCCAAGCGCUCAAGAAGUCAUUUGAGGUGGAGGAUGGGGACGAGGCGCCCGGCUCCCCACCAGUGUCCCUGCUGCCCUUGGGCACCGGCGACGGGCACCGGCCACUGCAGCCCAGCCACCCACCCUGCUCGGGCACCGCCACCAGCCCCAGCCCGGCUCCCAGCCCCGUGCUGCGCAGCCGGCUCGGCACCAGCCUCUCUGCCGGCCGAGCCAACGGCACUGCUGGCGCUGGCAUCGCCCGCGUUGCCUCCUUCCAGACCCACCAGGGCUUCGCUGCGGGGCCCGGCAGCGACGGCGAGAGCCUCCGCAGCUCAUCCUCCAGCCUGGAGAGCCCUGCGCCCACCGGGCCCCCCCAGCCACCGGGCACCCCCCCGGCCACCAGCCCCGGCCUGAAGAAGAUCCCGUCCCACAGCAGCGUCUUCCCGGCGGAGGUGGAGCAUCCCCUCCAUGGGGCCGCCGCCAGCCACGGCUCACUGCCGGCGCUGGACCUGCACAUUGCCGAGGAGCCGGGGAUGGGGACCCCCCCGCCGGACCCCUCGCCAUGGGGCACCCGGAGCCCUGCAACCCAGCCUCGAGCUCGCCAGCCUUCCUCCUCCUCCUCCUCCCCAGCCCCAUACGAUGGCACCGAGGCAGCCCUGGGGCUGCCCACGCUCCCCGAGGGGCCGGAGGGGCGGCUGCCGGGGGGGUGGGACGCUGCCCCCCGCGCACUGCCCCGGCCGCAGCUGAGGGUCAGCCUCGGUGCCAGCCCUGGCCUGGCCCACCGGCCCCCACCGCUGCCCCGGGGCCAGGGGGAGGCAGCCCCGGCCCCCGCCGCCCCUUCCCCGGGGAGGGCUGAGGGGCUGCCGCCGCCAGCCCCCCAAGCUGCUCCCUUCAAGCUGGUGUCCCAGCCGCAGACGGUGCAAGUGAGCUCCCAGCCUGCCUUCCUCGGGGGGCUGGUGCUGGUGCCGGCCCUGGGGACCCUGGCACCGACCGGUGGAGUCGGGGCAAACAACCCCAGCGCCGGUCUGGUGGGGCCGUGGGGACCCUGCACGGUGGCAGCGGUUCCUGGCGAGGCUGCAGACGGCGGCUGGGCUGCGGUGACGCCGGAGCACGGUAGGACUCGCUCCUGUCCCUUCUCCUCUCUUCCCACCGGGACCCCCUUGCUGGGUGCGGUGUUGCCAAACCUCCCCGGUGAGCCCCGGCUGCCUUCAGCCGCCCCGGCGCUGCCGAUGCCGGGGAGAGCAUUGAUGCAGGGUGAUGGUGAUGCUGGGGACAGAACGAGCUGCGCCGGCUCGCUACUCCCCACCGGUGCCGGCGGCCACGGGGCGCGUUUUAUGCCGCCCGGCACGGCGCGGUGCGUGGCGUGUAGCGGAGGGGGGGCUGUACAGCGCGAAGCCGAGCGCGGCGCUGGCAGCACUCCCGGCCCGCCCGGCCCCGGGGUGCCUGGCGAGCUUCCCAUGCCGCCCCGGCACUAA